AAAUAAAACAACAACAAAUGGCUGCUCAGUGUCCAGUUGAGGUGAUUAUCUCAGGAGAGUCGUCAGUUAAUACUAACGUUAAAGUUUUAUCAGUGACACCGAGUGGUCAGGCUAAAGGGAAGAAACGAGCCGUUAGCCCGGCGACUCAGCCGCUAGCACAGCCGAGCAACGGCAAUAACGGCAACAAGAGGAGGAAAGUGCAGUCAGUCCCAGCAGUCAGUCACACUCAGAUUCUUCCAGUGGAAUUGACGGAUGGAAAGUUGGUUUCUACAGCAGAUGUAGGUGCUGAACCAGUCACCAAGCCUCUGUCCUUUAAAGACCCCAAAUUUGUGCACUCUGGCAUUGGAGGAGCAGCUGCAGGGAAAAAGAAUCGAACGUGGAAGAACCUGAAGCAGAUUCUGGCAGCAGAGAGAGCACUGCCCUGGAAAAUCAAUGAUCCUAACUAUUACAACAUCGAUGCUCCUCCUUCCCUGAAACCUCCCAAAAAGUACUCUGAUAUUUCAGGCUUACCGACAAACUACACAGAUCCUCAGACAAAGCUGCGAUUCAGCUCAUCCGAAGAGUUUUCGUACAUCCGUCAACUACCUACAGAUGUAGUGACAGGAUACCUGAUGUUACGAAAGGCCACCUGCAUUGUGCCCUGAUCACAACAUGUAAAAAUGCCCAUGUUCAAUUUUUGUAAUAUAUCAAGACAACACUGGACUCGCUUCAAAUCCUGUUGAAAGGAAGUUACAGCGAGCACAUCAGUGACUUCCUGACUGUGGCACAGGAUCCCACAGACUGAUUUCUUUUCCUCUUUCUUGUUAUUGGUAAACUUUUAUACAUGUGCAGUGCAGUUUAUU